AGGAUGACAGUAGUAGUCAGGAUGCUCCCUAUCCGUCAUCUUCAUACAGGCGUAAUGGACCGCCAUCCCAUGACUAUGACUUCAACCAAUCCAACCUUCAUCUCCUGAAACAGGAGUUGAAAUUAGUGGUGCAAGAUAGGGACCACCUGAAAGAGGAACUGCAGAAGACACAGUCCCAGUUAGACUCCUAUUCCAAAAUGGCUUCUCUGGGCAGUGGCGACACUAAGAAUGUGACUGACAAACAUUUGGUGCGAGAUUAUGAUUGGUUAAAGACCCAGUGUGAUACUGCAAUGAACGAACUUCAAACGAUGAAGACUCAGUUGAGCAUUACGAUGAAUAAGUGUGACAAGGCCGUCAGGGAGAGUGAUUACUAUCGUAAUGAGCAUCGUAUCUCAGUGGACAAGCUUGAAGGCACACGUAUUGAGCUGCAUGCUCAGAAACAAGAAAUUAGUGAAUUACAAGGAGAAAAACAACGGUUACAGCAAGAGGUGAUUGACCUUCAAGAAUCACGAGAAGAAAAUAAACACGAAAUUGAAGAACUCAGAAAACAACAGCGUGAAGUCAUUUCAGAAAGUGGUAGUAAUGAAAUUCUCACACGCAUGUAUGAUACUGCAAUUGAAAAAUAUGAAGCAAUCAGAAAGGACAACGAGUCCCUUAGUAAACGAUACGCAGACUUAAUGUCCACACGUGAUAUUGCCAUUCACAAAUUAGAAUCUGUGCAAGAGGAGAAUGCGCGACUUAAGAAACAAUACACGGAUGUAUGUAAUGAGCGAGAUCGCGCAAUCAAAGAGCGAGUAGCACUUCAAAAACAAUGCACUGAUGUUGUGAGGCAGUGGGACAAAUCGCUGCGUACAGUGGAAGACUUGCGAGAACAGUUAAGCAAGACCCAACAACAGGCAAACCAAUCUGUUGUGCGAGUAACCAAAGAAAUAGCUCGCCUAACGGAAGAGCGGAAUGCAGCCAUAGAGGAGUACAGAUUAGUGAUGUCUGAAAGAGGGCAGGUACACAAAGAAAUGGAACAACUGCAAGAUAAACUUAAUGAGGCAAAUAAGAAAGGAGAAGUUUAUGAAAAAGACAAGAAAACAUUGCGAGAUGAAAUAGAAACAUUGCGCCAUGAGAUCACAUCGGCAUUACAUGAUCGUGACAAAGCUAUUAAAGAGUGCAACGAUGUCCGUGUCAAAUACGGUGAUAUUGUCACUGCAAAGAUUGAAGUACAGAAAGAGAGAGAUGAGGUACGCAGAGACGUUGAAAUGUUAACACACGAGCGAAAUGUGGCACGGAAAGAACGCCAUGAAGCAUUAGAACAGCGAGAUCGCAUUAUACGUGAAACAUGGAAACUGGCAGAUGAAAAAGAAUAUUCCACUAAAGAAGCAGAGAUGAAAAAGGAGAUUGAAAAACUAAAGGAAGACGUGGAAG